AUGACACCAGGAUGCCGAAGCGAGAAGAUCUUCGUCGCAUUCUGGACGUUCUUGCUCUCCGGGCUGUGCCAUGUGAUUGCCGACUGGCAGGCAGGCGAGCCGUGUCAUCCGCACGACGAUCUGCUCUUCUUCGUGGCCAACUUCAUGGCCAGUGCCUUGGAGCUGCUUGUGGUGCGCAGGCUGGAGCGCGUGAAGGGAUAUCGUGCGGAUCAUGAUAAGGAUAUUUGGUCGGUAUUGUUGAAGACUACCAAUAGGGUUGUGGGGUAUGUUUGGGUUUUGGGAUUCUUUUUCUGGAUCACUCCGAAGUGGCAGUAUCCAAAACUUAAAUGCUCCGCAUCGGACACUAACAGCGUUGUCUUUGACUUGGCAGCCCCCCAAGGUGAAUAA